AUGGCGUCGGAAAAGCCGGUCGCGGGCGUCGCCACGCAGUUCCUGGGCGCUUUCGUUGCUAACCUCAUAUCGCUGAACACUGGUUACGUCGUCGGGUGGUCGGCUGUGGCUAUCCCUGUUCUGGAGAACAACGGGACAGCCAACGAUACCGCUCCGCUGGAUCGGCCGCUGAAUAAAGACGAAUCAUCAUGGGUGGCGACGGUCCUCUUCAUUGCUUGGAUCGUGGGCCCUGCAGCUUGCAGCUUCAUAAGCCAGCGCUGGGGUUACAAGGUCGCCGGUUAUCUGGUGGGUACCAUUUCGGCCAUGGCCGGAGUGAUCAUCAUGCUGGCGCCAUCACUGGCCACCAUGCUGGUGGGACGAGUCUUGACUGGAUUUGCUGCCGGCUGUACACCUGUGGUCACCACGACAUACAUAACCGAGGCGGCACAGGAACAUAUACGGGGCGCUGUCGGAACUUUCUUUGGGCUCCUCUUCAAUGGUGGUAUUCUGAUCGCUUACCUCAUGGGCGCCGUAGCCUCGUACCAAAUCGUUUGUGCUAUGGCCGUCAUCUUGCCAAUUGUGUACCUACUGGGGUUCUUUUUCCUGCCCGAAUCACCACAGUAUCUGCUGUCCAAGGGUAGAGACGGCGACGCUGUCAAGUCCUUGAGAUGGUUCCGCGCUGCCGGCCACAACGUCAGUCAGGAGCUGGAACAGCUGCGGUCGAAUCUCGACAGUGGGGCGUCGGAAAACGGGGGGAGAGGGCUUUCGGUGGUCCAGUUCUUCAAGGACAGGACGUGCCGCCUCGGCUUCAUUACCGUCGUCAUGAUCAUCCUCAACCAGCAGUUCGCUGGGGUUACGAUAGCUCUGAACUACUUAGUGCAGAUGUUCUCCGCAACCGGCAACAGUUCGACAGCGGCCUGGUCAGCCGUAGUGGUUGGCGCCCUGCAGUUUCUGGCGACCUUCGUAUCCUCCGCUCUGGUGGACCGGGCUGGGCGUCGCCCACUCCUGAUGGCCACCAACGGCGGGAUGGCCGCCUGCCUGCUCGCCCUGGGCGGCUACUCCUUCGCCCAGGACCGCGGAUCGGACGUGGCUUCUAUCUGGUGGCUGCCUGUGGCCGCCAUGUCGCUGCUGCUCUUUCUCAACGCCAUAGGCGUCGGCCCGCUGUUCUUCGUGAUCGUCAACGAGCUGUUCGCUCCAGAGGCCGCACCGGUUGGCGUCUCCAUCGGCCUCGGUUGCCAGAUGCUGGUCGCCACCUUCGUCAUGAAGUCGUAUGUCAUACUCGUCGACUGGUUGCAGCUCUACGGCUGCUACUGGUUCUUCAGCACUUGUUGUCUCCUCAGUAACGUGUACAUAUUCUUUUUCCUACCGGAGACAAAGAAUCGUCCCAUCAGUGAAAUUCUUCGAGAUCUAAGGAGAGAGCGGAGAAGUAAGAAUGAAGGCGCGGAAAAGUACGAUCAGGUGUCUACGAAGGAGAGUCAUAACCAAGUUGCAUAGUAGUGUACAACAUCUACAAAGUAUCAGAGCAAAACCAGUGAUUUGCCCGAUAGUGAUUUAACUUGAAGGGCAUGGCUGAAUUCAGGUUCCUAGAUCAUUCCUUUGUAUUUUUGUUAGUUUUAUUUUUCUUAUUUGUGCAGAGGGUAAAUGAAGUCACUUCUGGCACAACUAAAUUGUGCAUACUGUGUGAAAUGAUUCUGUUCCAAAAGUCAAAGUCACGUAAGUAUUGGGCGCUAUUUAGAGUAUAAGUAAUUGCAAAGGAAUAUUUUAACUCUGUGGCUUUAGGGCUUUUCUUCUAUCGACAGUUAAAUUUACAGUUAUGUAACGAUUUAAGAACCGUUU